UUUAACACAAUUCAACGAGAACGCCCGCUGGAAACGUCACUUCCGCUAGCCCGUGUCUUUUACCACGAGCGACCCCGUGUUUCUUUCUUUUCGCACGUCAUGGCGGACCGCUUCAAUAAGGUUCUGCUACUAGAUGGCAGGGGCCAUCUGCUUGGUCGGCUUGCUGCCAUCGUUGCCAAGCAGACCUUGCUGGGACACAAAGUUGUGGUGGUUCGGUGUGAAGGCAUCAACAUCUCUGGCAAUUUCUACCGUAACAAAUUGAAGUACCUGGCUUUCUUGCGCAAGAGGAUGAACACCAAUCCCUCUCGUGGACCGUACCACUUCAGAGCCCCCAGCAGGAUCUUCUGGAGGACGGUCAGAGGCAUGCUGCCCCACAAAACCAAGAGAGGGCAGGCUGCUCUGGAUAGGCUGAAGGUGUUUGACGGAAUCCCCCCGCCCUAUGACAAGAGGAAGCGCAUGGUGGUCCCAGCCGCUCUUAAAAUUGUGCGCCUGAAGCCCACUCGUAAGUUUGCCCUCUUGGGACGUUUGGCUCACGAGGUUGGCUGGAAGUACCAGGCCAUCACAGCCACCCUGGAGGAGAAGAGGAAAGAGAAGGGCAAGAUGCGCUACGACAAGAAAAAGGCCACCAUCAGGCUGACCAAAUUGGCCACGAAGAACGUUGAGAGCAAAAUUGCAAAGUACACAGCCGUACUUAAACAAUACGGAGUUCUUGUCUGAGUGUAUUUACUGGCCAAUAAACAAAUUAAAUGUUUAUAAUAAAGUUUUGUUGGUCAA